AGGGAGGGUUUGAGCCAAUCGGAGAGUAGUCUGCGCGUCAGUCAAUGCACCUCUAGAUUAAACGGAGACGCACGGUCCACCGUCGCGAGAAAGAGCGUCCUCUCCAAAUAAUUAAUCAAGCCAAGCAAUCCUUUAUUUCUAAAAUGCAUCCUCAGUUACUAUUUUCGCAUUCUGUUUCUAACAAGCCAACUCAAAACGUGUGAUAAAUUUGAAAGUAGAUAGUUACUCGGACGCAACCGGUAUUUUUCCCUUUCUCUCGCAAUCUGAUGACAGCGACAAGUGUAUUCGUUGCAUGCCAAUUUUCAUGGCCAGGACCGACACGGACGGUUUGCUGUGCAGACGGAAUAGUAAGCUGGACAGUUUCCUUAGGAGGAAUACGGAGAGAUGCGUCUACGAGCGGAUCCGAGCUUACGAGCCGUGCGUUGUCAUCUCGGAGACGGUCAACAAGGUGUUCAUGUACGUUGUCUUGAGCGACGAUUCCGUCUACCUGGUGGAGUACCCGCCGCGGACCAUUCAAGAGGCAGUCAGUUUCAGGGACGUCCUUGACAUCGAACUGGUCAACGAUUUACCAGAUUUUCUCAGCGGCCGUGAACGGGAACACUCGCAGCAUAUUCGCGUUGUCUACGCCUCCCCAAAGCAUGCUGGGAAAAGAGGUGCGGGGGCCAGAGGCGAGACAGCCAGGCCACACCCGCCCUCGUCCCCUUCCCGUCGCAACACCAGGAGCGCCUCUCCAUCUCUUAAAGGUCUCGGCAGUGUUCUCCUGUCCACACGGUCAGACCCCUCUGAGUCGGUCCGAUGGAGAGCCACCUCCUCUUCUCUGAGGAACAGCAGGGAGGAAGAUGAGGGCGAACGCACGCUCAAGCAGAUGCGCUCCACUUCCUGCCCCAGCCCCAACCUGCAGGGGCUCAGUUUGCCCCUGAUGCGGCCCCUACCCCAGCCUCCCUCGCCCGUCCAUUCGUCCCCCUCCUCAUUGUCCUCGUCCCCGCUCCCCUCCUGCGUUUCUGCCUCGGCCUCGGGUCAGACCCUCUCGGACCCGGGCGAGCCGGGCGAUAACAGCGAGGAUCUGAUGCCGGGCAGAAGGGACUCUGUCCUGUCCAGGCUGGUGAAGCAGGUGGCGGCGGAGAGGGGCGGGGAGGAGAAGGAGGCGGAGCUGCACCUGUACGCCGUGUCCCUGACCUCCCGGAUCUACCUGCACCUGCAGAGCUCAUGGAACAGCUACAUGAUUAGGUCCACUCUCAUGCUGGACCCGCUGUACAGGAAGAGAUGCAGUCUGUCCUCCUUCUCCCCCGCUCAGAAACAGUGCUACAUCAGCUGGGAGCGGACUUCCUGCCUCUUCCACCAGCUGAGGGGCGAGCUGCUGCGGGGGGGCAUCAGCCUGGAGUCGCUCUACCUGCUCCUGCAAGAGCUGCGCACAGCCGCGCACCGCGACAUCGCCGUCAAGAAGCUCUUCUGGAGGUCCAGCGAGCUGUGCCCUUUCCUGGUGGACACGCUGGAGGACGCCCUGCAGAGGUUUCAGCGCCCUGCACGGGAGGACAGCACAUCGCACAGGACGGACAGACUGCUCCUGUGCACUCUGGUGGCGGAGACCCUGGCAUUGAUGUUCCGGGAGAUGGAGGUCGAACCAGCACAUCUACACAUGCUGACAGCCAAUAAGGGUGCCCUGACUAAGAGGUUGCUGCUAGCUUUGGUUUGUGACCCAGAGAUUUGGCCUCGAGACCCAGCAGAGGUGCCAUUGCAGAAGCCCCUUCAGGCAGAGCUGCAGGACCUGCUGGCCGAGUACUUGGACGCCGCGUCUGCACUGCUCUUUGAGGUGGUGGUGCUGUCUCAGCAGGCUAACUGUAACCCAAGUUUUGAGCACUUUUUAACUGUGGGCUGGGUUCUGAAGACACUGCAGAGUCAUCACUCUAUACUCCCUUUUGUGAGCCACCUGGCCCGGCGGGUUGUCUCUGUGCUGUCUGGGUCCCAGCUGGUUCUGGACCCGGCCCAGGCGGUGCUGCUGUUUCAGCAGUGCAGGAUUCUGCUGGCCUGUCUGCAGCACAGCGCCGCUCUGGGGCAGCACAUCAGGACAGAGUUCAGGGAGGAGUUCAGGUAUUAUGUGAAGAUGUCGUGGGCGGAGGAGAAGCUGCCUCUUCACUACCCCAUCAGCCAGUCCACCCUGGGGCUGAUUGCUCAGCUCCAGCGCAUGGUGCUUCGAUGAACCCUGACCUCAGCUCUGCUGUUGCUGCUGUUUGCCACAGAUGUUUAUCUUUCAUUUUCACGCACGCACACA